CCUAUAUAUUUAACACUCUGGAUGAGGUAUGGUAAUUGUAUGAUUGCCUACUUACAAGUUACAAACAAGACAGAUACAGAGCCAUGGGAAGCAGCUUACUUGUAUCCGCUGUAGCUAAGAGAUUGGAGGGAAAAGUAGCUCUAAUCACCGGCGGCUGCGGUGGUCUCGGCACGGCAACGGCGAAGCUCUUCCUCCAACACGGAGCCAAAGUGGUUAUCGCGGACAUUAAGCAAGGCGAUCACCACUUUGGAGACGGAAUGUCCUUCGUCCAAUGCGACGUGACGAGGGAAUCCCACGUUCAGAGCGCAGUGGACGAAGCCGUGUCCCAGCACGGCAAGCUCGACGUCAUGUUCAACAACGCCGGAAUCUUGGACCGGGUGGGCCUCGACAUCGCCGACUCCAGCCAGGCCGACUUCGAGCACGUGCUCCGCGUCAACGUGGCCAGCGUCUUCCUAGGCACCAAACACGCCGCGCGUGCCAUGAGGCGCGGCGGCGGUGGUGGCGCCAUCAUCAACACAGCGAGCGUGUGCGGCGUGGUUGGAGGAGUGGCCACGCACGCGUACACGAGCUCGAAGCACGCGGUGGUGGGGCUAACGCACGCGGUGGUGGGGCUAACGGUGGAAUUAGGGCGGUACGGGAUCAGAGUGAACUGCGUGUCGCCCUUCGUGUUUCCGUCAUGGAUUUCGAGGUCGUUGCUGGGUCGGGCGGAGGAGGACCCGUUGGAUGAUGUCAAGUUGCAUCUGAUGGGGAAGAAGCUCGAGCCAGAGGAUGUUGCUGAGGCGGUUGUCUAUUUGGCGAGUGAUGAAUCGAGGUGUGUGAAUGGACAUAAUUUGGUUGUGGAUGGAGGCUUCACUAUUACCAACUCAGCCUUUUCAAUGUUUGAUUAGUUGAUUGGGGAGUAAUUCACUACUUCUUAUCAAAUAAAUAAUUUGGUAAUAUAUUGCGUGGAUUUGUAUA